UCAUACUUACAGUCUGAAACACUCUGUAUAAUCACAAUGUUCAUCCCUGAUAUGGCAGCUGGUCGUCUGUUUUUGGCCAUCGUCCUUCUAUAUACCUAUCAAUACAUCAAAGCCCAAGUUCAGAAACCAAUGAUUAGUACCAGUCAUAAUGAGGAGGAUUUCAUCAUCACCUGUUUGAUUCCUGGACCUGCUGGUAGAGACACCACCUGUAACCUGUAUAUUGGAGAGAAGAAUAAGCCAUUCUUGAAAACACAGAUAUGGAAAAAGAAAACCCAAAAAACCAAGCAAUGGUACUGUACAUUCUCUGUGACCGAAGACGAUCUGAUCAGACAUCUACAGUCAGUGAGGAGUAAGGAGGUGAGCUGUGACUACAGAGUGAGCUCAGGACCAAACUCUCUCUCUCCACGUAGUGAUGGGUACAGCUUUACAGAUCUGGUGGAAGUUCACAUCAGUGAUCCAACAACUAUUACAGCAGGAUUGACCUCUCCUUUGACCCCCAGCACAGCAGUGAAUCCUACGUCAGGUUGGACUGUUCUUUCUACUUUGACCAGUGACACCGCAAAGAUUUCAACUGAAGGAGGUCAAAGCUACACAGAAAGUGAGGUUUUUUCAAACAGUCAAGAAAGCGUCACAGCAUGUUCAACUGUUGCUUCUACUUUGACCCUUGACAUCACAGUGAGACCAACUACCAGUUUGACCUCUCCUUUGACCCCCAGCACAGCAGUGACUCCUACAUCAGGUUCGACUGUUCGUUCAACUUUGACUACUGACACCACACUGAGUCCAACGGAAGGAAAAAGCUCCACAGAAAGUAUUCUGUCGGGGCAGGUUUGGCAGGCAGCAGUGGCUGUGGUUUCUGGAGUGUGUGUGUUCCUGGUGGGAUUGACCGCUUUCUGUCUCUGCAGGAGCACCAAGAAAAACAAUUCUCAGAGACCUACAGCCAGACAGGAUGAUGACAACCAAUAUGAUUUGGUGUUGGGAGCCAUGAGCAGGGCAGCCAUGGUGGAUUCUGGGGAAGCUGGGAUAUACAGUCUGAUCACCUCUGUUUCGGCCACGUUUUUGCCCUCAGGCCCUAUCGAAGAGAAUGGACAAUUUGAAAACUACACAACUGAUACGUACCACAUGUACUGCUCAAUCCCUGACAAACUAGCAAACUCAGCCCAUCCGGAUGGGUUGUACAGUCUUCUACAGGCACACUGAAACUACACCACUGGCUGUCUGUAGCUAUGUCUCACACAAAUAUCCUCUUUGUCCCAUGAUGUGCUUUGUUUAUUACAUAUCAAGUUACUGAGCGUAUCCAUAACAUCUGUUACUGUGUUAGUAGUUUUAUUUUGGAGGGGUCUGGUGGCAUACUCCUGAGUAUUUGUCUGAUUUUGUUCUCGUAGUAAACACAAAAUCUACUGUGUA